CAGCAGAGGAGGCGACACGGCGAGCCGGGCCGCGUCUGCGCGUGUCAGGGGCGAGACACGCGGGCGACUCAACACUUCACAGCGAGGGUCACCAGUUUCAGAUCUCAUCACAGGAUACAGCUAUCAAGAAUAAGAUAGUUUUGCAUGGACUUGGAAAGAAGCACUCGAACAGUGACUCCAUGCAUUUGUCGUGAUGGCAUCAAAAGAUCCUGCAUAUGAGAUCAUUAGAACCAACAAAGUGAAACUCCUGCAAUGUCUCCAAGUGCAGUCAUCAAAAGUGCUUGACCAUUCACAACAAGCAGGGAUAGUCCUGUACAGUGAAUACGCGUUCCUCAAAAGCGAGAAUGACCCCAUUGCACGAACACGGCACCUGGUUGACCUGGUGCUCGACAAGGGAGAAGAUGUGUGCAUGAGAUUCAUUGAAGCCGUGCUGGUGCCGCUGAGAUCCGAGAUCCCUCUCUUGGAUCAGUGGAUAUCACAGCAUGAGCAGCAGCUCAACGUGAUAGGUGUCGAUCUGAGCAGAACUGCGGGUAAAGCCAUCCCUGGAGCAGCUUCUCGCAAAACAAACAAGACAAGUGGUUGGAACAUUUUUGAUAUGAUACAAAAUAAAUUUUACAAAGAUAACCCUGGUGAUGAUUACAGAGAAUUCUUGCUGAAGUUGACAUCAUUAACACGAGACUACGACGCACGACCUGGAGAACCUGCAGUGUUUUUGCUGGAGAGGAUGGUGAAGCCAAUUCUGGUUCUCUACUACCGCCAUCAAGAAACCAAGGAGCACGAGUUACUAGCUAGAGGCAAGCAGCACGAGGAGCUGAUGAAGAGAGCACAGAGAGAAGGGAUGACUUACAAGAAGCUCUUUGAUCCCAUUGGUUCCAUUGGAAACAAAACACACCCCCGAAUGGUUAUUGUAGUGGGGACUCCAGGCAGCGGUAAAACCAUGUUGAGCAAAUUAAUUGUGCACAGCCUGCUGUCAGGUGAGAGAGUGUUUGCACGACGCUUUGAGCACAUUGUGCUCAUAACGUUCAGGGAGAUAAAUGAUGUUGGAGAGGUGUCCCUCGCAGAGCUGUUUUCUGUGCUGCACUCAGGUUUGGGAAACAAAGCGGAUGAGGUUUUCACAAACCAAAAGAGAACCCUUUUUGUUAUGGAUGGGUUGGACGAGUUUGGAAAGUGCCUUCACUAUGGCAGUGCUUGUACUGAUCCACGUAAGACGGCAACAGUAGAAGCCAUCAUUGCUGCCCUGGUGAAUGGAAAUCUCUUGCCCAAGGCCUCGGUCUUGAUAACGACCAGACCCAUUGCCAUGGAGCAGCUGAGUGGAGUGAAUGUUGAUCGAGCUGUUGAAAUCACUGGAUUUUCCAACGAAGAUAAAAUAGCAUUCUUUAACAAAUUUUACCAAGAUAGGAGUCUAGCAGAAAGGGCACUCAAGCUCCUGCAGGAAAAUGAAACCGUGAAUACAUUGUCCCAGAACCCUUCAUUCUGCCAUAUAGCAGCCAUUACACUGAAGGAACAUUUACAGAAGUCUGCUCAUUCUGAGAUUAUCCUCAAAUCAAUGACCGACCUCUUCACACAAUACGUGUUUGGGCUCAUAGAACACCAUGGACGUGGCAGCCGCGGAGCCAAGAAAAUCGUAUCGUCUCUUGCCAAUAUGGCUCUAAAGGGGGUUCAGCAGAACAUCCAGAUGUUCAGCCAAAAAGAUCUAGAAGAGUGUGUUGUUAGUUCUUAUGAACUAGGAAGUACAUUCAUCAACAAAGUGUUCACAUGUGAGGGCAUUAAACAAGGGAGUUGUUAUUCAUUUUCACACUUGACAAUGCAGGAAUUCUUUGCAGCAAUAGCCGUGCAUCUGUCACAUUCAACACGGCCAGUGAGUGACGUCAUCAAAGCUAUUGAGGACAGCAAAGAUGGGAGGUUUGAUGUGUUUCAGAGGUUUUUUUGCGGACUAGCAUCAAGCACUCCGUGGAAGUUAUUUGAGGGUAUCUUGGAUCCUCCAUCUGCGGAUUCUCAAAAGGAAAUAAUCGAGUGGCUCAAUCGCAGCAUGGAGACUCAGAAGGAUGACAAACACAGGCUUAUCAGUCUCCUGCACUGUGUGCACGAGCUGAAUGACCGCAAGUCCCUGAGUGAUGCCACUCGGUCCAUGACUAGGGUAGACCUAUCGAAGACAAGGUUGUCCCUGCCAGACUGCGCUGCCGUCUCCUGGAUCCUGCUGUAUCGAGAAGAACCUGUGGAGACACUCAACCUAUUGGACUGUGGCAUCGGCACUGAGGAAAUGAAGAGGCUUCAGCCUGGACUGCACAGAUGUAAAGAGCUAAUGCUGAAUAACAACAAGAUCAGAGACAGCGGCCUCCGACUUUUAGCGGACGGGAUGUUGGGGAGAGAAGGGAGUUUGGAGACGUUAGACCUGUAUAAGUGUUCACUGACAGACAAGUCGGGUUCCUCUCUCAGUGUCAUCCUCAAGGCCAACAUAGGUUUGAAGAUUCUCUGGCUGAGUCACAACGAGAUCGGAGACAGCGGCCUCCGACUUUUAGCGGACGGGAUGUUGGGGAGAGAAGGAAGUUUGGAGACGUUACAUCUGUCUGCCUGCUCCCUGAUAGACAAGUCGGGUUCCUCUCUCAGUGUCAUCCUCAAGGCCAACACAGGAUUGAAGAGUCUCACGCUGCGUUUCAACACGAUCGGAGACAGCGGACUCCGACUUUUAGCGGAUGGGAUGUUUGGGAGAGAAGGAAGUUUGGAGACGUUAGAUCUGUGGAACUGCUCACUGACGGACAAAUCGAUCCCAGCUCUUCAUGACAUCAUGAUCACCAACAAAGCAUUGAGGACACUCAAGUUGGAGAGCAAUGGCUUCAGUUGCAAGGGGAUGGAGGAGCUGAAGAGCAAAUGGACUCACAGAGGAGGCCUGGAUAUUUAUGUUUAAGCUGAGAGGCGACGCUGGCCCUGCAACAGACGGAGGUGCCCCACGCGCGACUCGCACAGCAGCCCGGCGCAUUUCACCUCCACAGCUCCGAUCACCGGCACCGACUCUGAGCCGGGCUGAGACGACAGAGCGGGGAGCUCUUUGUGAGCUCCACACGAAGCCGAGGGUGAACGCGGGUCCAAGAUGCCGAUGAGCGUGGUGAUUCCGAUGAUGUGUAACUGUAUUUAUGAAUAUGGUGUCGGGA